AUCAUCACCAUGGAUCCUUACAAGGUAUCUUCGAUCAUAUUCUUCUUACUUUUUCUUUGUUUUUGUGUGGUGUAUGUGUAUCUUAAUUAGAAUUAGGUUCAACUAUAUAUGCUCGUUUUCUAAACUAUUUUUUAAUUGGAUUGAUGUUCUUAAAUCUUAAGGGUCAAAAUACUUUUUAUGCUCAAAAACUUACUUAAAUUCUGUGAUCGCUUGAACCUAAGUUGAUGAUGUUGAUUUCUGUUUUGGCUGGCUAUCUUUAAUUAAAACGUUUAACCACUGCGUGAGAAAGACACGCCACAUGUGGUUUUUGUUGUUUUUUUCCUUAGAUUAGAAGUUAUUUUGUUGUUGUUUUUUUUUUUAUUAUUAUUACACACAUGUGUUCUAAAAAUCGGACGUUCAAAUGAUAUAAUCGAUUGUUUAGACGUCCGACCGUAUAUUAUUUUAGUGAUAUCAGCCAAAUCAGAUUAAGUAAUCAUCAACAAAAUGAUUGAUCAGAUCUACUAAACACCUGAGUAAUCAAAUCUACACGUUUGAUUAAUCAAAUUAAAUAACCGAUCAGUUAGAUCUAUACAUAUGAUAAAUCUUUUUUUACAACAUUCGGUUAAUCAAACCAUUGUCGGUCGAUCUAUCAAUACAAGUGUAUUUUUUUUUCACAUACAAAAAAAUUAUCUCACCGACGAAAAAAAAAUAAAAAAUUAUUAUGUAGAUCCAUCGAACAAAAGGCUUGAAUAUACGGAAGUCACUUAAAAGUGUAAUAAUCGAAUAAAUAUUAGUGGAUAAAAUGAAAUUUAUCUACAACCCUACUCUCCGACAUGUUACUGUUUGCGUCAUCAAAUCUAAAGCCUUUUUGGCAAAUAAUGGUCGGAAGACUACUCGUGUCGGGAUGGACCACCCGGAUCCGAUCAGGAAACGGGUUUUGAUAUGUUUCGGGUUACGACAAAAAAUUAGGGCUUUUUAUCAAAUCAAUCAGUUGGUAGUAAAAUUUUGUGGAUUGUUCUUGUCGAUUCCGUUUGAUUGUUGACCAAAUUUCUUCCUGGAUUUUGUUGAUAAUCGAUCGUAUAAUGGUGAUUGCAGUAUCGUCCUUCAAGCGCGUACAACGCCCCAUUCUACACCACAAACGGUGGUGCUCCAGUCUCCAACAACAUCUCUUCCCUCACCAUCGGAGAAAGAGGUCCGGUUCUUCUUGAGGAUUAUCAUUUGAUCGAGAAGGUUGCUAAUUUCACCAGAGAGAGGAUCCCUGAGAGAGUGGUUCAUGCUAGAGGAAUCAGUGCUAAGGGUUUCUUUGAAGUCACCCAUGACAUUUCAAACCUCACUUGUGCUGAUUUUCUCAGAGCCCCUGGUGUUCAAACUCCGGUUAUUGUCCGUUUCUCCACCGUUGUCCACGAACGUGCCAGUCCUGAAACCAUGAGGGAUAUUCGUGGUUUUGCUGUCAAGUUUUACACCAGAGAGGGAAACUUUGAUCUUGUUGGGAACAACACUCCGGUGUUCUUCAUCCGUGAUGGGAUUCAGUUCCCGGAUGUUGUCCACGCGUUGAAACCUAACCCGAAAACAAACAUCCAAGAGUACUGGAGGAUUCUGGACUACAUGUCCCACUUGCCUGAGAGUUUGCUCACAUGGUGCUGGAUGUUUGAUGAUGUUGGUAUUCCACAAGAUUACAGGCACAUGGAGGGUUUCGGUGUCCACACCUACACUCUUAUUGCCAAAUCUGGAAAAGUUCUCUUUGUGAAGUUCCACUGGAAACCAACUUGUGGGAUCAAGAAUCUGACUGAUGAAGAGGCCAAGGUUGUUGGAGGAGCCAAUCACAGCCACGCCACUAAGGAUCUCCACGAUGCCAUUGCAUCUGGCAACUACCCCGAGUGGAAACUUUUCAUCCAGACCAUGGAUCCUGCAGAUGAGGAUAAGUUUGACUUUGACCCACUUGAUGUGACCAAGAUCUGGCCUGAGGAUAUUUUGCCUCUGCAACCGGUUGGUCGCUUGGUUCUGAACAGGACCAUUGACAAUUUCUUCAAUGAAACUGAGCAGCUUGCGUUCAACCCGGGUCUUGUGGUUCCUGGAAUCUACUACUCAGACGACAAGCUGCUCCAGUGUAGGAUCUUUGCUUAUGGUGACACUCAGAGACAUCGCCUUGGACCGAAUUAUUUGCAGCUUCCAGUCAAUGCUCCCAAAUGUGCUCACCACAACAAUCACCAUGAAGGUUUUAUGAACUUCAUGCACAGAGAUGAGGAGAUCAAUUACUACCCCUCAAAGUUUGAUCCUGUCCGCUGCGCUGAGAAAGUUCCCACCCCUACAAACUCCUACACUGGAAUUCGAACAAAGUGCGUCAUCAAGAAAGAGAACAACUUCAAACAGGCUGGAGACAGGUACAGAUCAUGGGCACCAGACAGGCAAGACAGGUUUGUUAAGAGAUGGGUGGAGAUUCUAUCGGAGCCACGUCUCACCCACGAGAUCCGCGGCAUCUGGAUCUCUUACUGGUCUCAGGCUGAUCGAUCCUUGGGACAGAAACUUGCAAGCCGUCUGAACGUGAGGCCAAGCAUCUAGAGGCCAAUCUCCAUAUAAGCUCAGUCUAUGUGAGGUACAAUCAAUCUCAUCGAUCUAUCAUCGCUUGGUCGUUAAAUCCGUCAAAAAGAUAAUCACAUGUGUUGUUGUUUCUUGUCUAUAUAAUAAUAAUGCUUGUAAUCCCAAAAACUCAUGUUUCCUUCCUUUCUACUCUCACUGUCUUUGUAAUCUCUUUUUACAAUAAAUCAAUGUUUCUUGAAGCAGUAAACAAUUUCUAAGAUUUAUGGUGGUCGUUAUACAUAUUAUUAAUUCAGGAAAAAAAAGAGAAGAUACCGUAAUUGAACAUGUAUUAUUUUAAGGAGAAUCCUGAAAUGGAUCAACAAUUGUCU